CUGAAACAAGGCAGGCACAUUUUGUCAGGUGGUUGUGCGCGAUAGAGCAUUUUUAUAGUUUCUCAUUAUUUUACGUUAAAGUUUUUAUUAUUCGUUUCUAUAAUGUGUAGUUUGUAAAAAUGUUUGGAAUGUCCGGAUUGUUUUUUGUUGUGCGUGUUUCGUAACUGAAUUCGAAAAGGAUUUGUUUUUACCAUGGAGUUGGAAAAGCUCAGAAUCGUCGCCUUCUUCUACAUCGCUUUUUGUUAUGUACCAGAAUGUGACAGCUUAAAUGAAGCUUCUGCCAUUGGCCCGUCGAACCAAUCAGAAGCAUACUUCAAUGGCUCAUCCUACCUAAGACUGCAAACUACUAUAUCACUAAAGAGAUUUACAGGGUUAAAUUUUCGAACAUGCUUUGGAGGGAGCCUAUUCUCCCAACAGCAAAACGAAGAUUCCUUAGAAGUACUAGUCAAUACAAAGGGUGUUUAUUUUAAGGUAAAAUUAGACGGAAUGUUGUAUGAAGAAGUGGUAUAUGGUAAUUUUUUAAAUAACAAAUGGCAUACAGUCUAUUUACAAUAUAGAAUGGGCAAUUUAACAAUGGACGUAGAUGGAGAUUCUAAGCUCAUAGCUAACUCAAGUCAUAACUACGCCUUAUUGACCAGCAAUAAGUUAUACAACGAACGAGCUUCAGUACUCUUGAUUGGUAAAAAUUUCAAUGGAUGUCUAUUGGAAGGUCCCAGUAUAGUUUUCGAGCCUAACUUAAUUUCGUCGUAUCACAACGUUAUAUUUGAACAAUGUCCCAUACCAUUAGACAACUGUGUUCCAGUUGAGAAAAUGACUGGUUUAGACUACUGUCUCAAUGAGCCUUGCAUGAGGCAUGGAACAUGUAUAAAUGAUCAUAAUCACAACACGUAUACUUGUGCAUGUCUUCCAAGAUAUACAGGUAAAAAUUGUGAAAUUGAUUUGGGAAACCCAUGCGAGCGUCGAAAGCCUACGUGUAAGAACGGAGCAACCUGCAUCACUGAUCCAAUGGGCGAUUACAGGUGCAUAUGCCCCCCUGGAUUUAGUGGUAGGAAUUGCGAAAACGAACUCAAAAUUCAUCCCAAAUGCACUAGCAAUCCUUGCUUAAAUGGUGGCACAUGUGAUAUGGACAUUGACACUAAUACUGUGAAAUGUUUGUGCAGACCAGGAUUCAGUGGAUCGAAAUGCGAAUUAGACAUAGACGAUUGUGCCAACAGACCUUGUUUGAACGGAGGUGUUUGUACAGAUGAACUAAACAAUUUCAAUUGCGACUGUAAUCACACUGGUUAUACUGGAAGAUUAUGCGAUAUUAACAUAAACGAAUGUAUUGCCAGUCCUUGCUUAAAUGGUGGGGUUUGUUUUGACACUUACGGAUCUUAUUUAUGUCAAUGUCCAGCAGGUUAUGGAGGAACAAACUGUCAAUUUAUUGUUGAUGAAUGUUCUUCACAACCGUGCUUCAAUAACGGAGUGUGCGUCAGUCACAAGACCAGCUACGAAUGCAAAUGCUUGCCUGGAUAUUUUGGAGAUAAUUGCGAAAUUGAACAGCGACAACAAAAACACUGUGACAUGUACUCUUGUGGCAAGCUUGCCGAAUGUAUACAAGAUCCAAUAAAUGGAGCUGAGUGCGUUUGUAAAGCAGAAUUCCCUGGAGAAUAUCCAAACUGCAAAGCUGUUUGUGCCAAUAAUCCGUGCAAAAAUGGAGGCCAGUGCAACGUGGUCAAUGGAAAUAUGAAUUGCUCAUGUCCAACAGGUUUUACAGGUUCUUUAUGCCAAAGAGCUUCGAUAUGUAAAAAAGACAUAUGUCAACAUGGUGGUACUUGCCAAGAACACUUUAAUGGUUCCUACUGUAAGUGCCGGAAGCCAUGGACAGGAAAAUAUUGCCAUUUGAGAGUCGGUUGUAAAAAUAACCCAUGCUUGCAUGCAAUUUCUUGUUUAGAUUAUCGGGGUGGUUAUUACUGCACGUGUGCGCAGGGAUGGAUAGGUCCCAAUUGCUCAAGAAAAUUGGGCCCCUGUUUGUCGAAUCCUUGCCUCAAUUAUGGAGUUUGUGUGGAAAAUGGUUUAGGGUAUACGUGUCGCUGUCGUACUGGGUUUAAAGGACCACUAUGCCAAACCCACGCGGAUAGCUGUCAGUCAACGACUUGUUUGAAUGAUGGUGUCUGCGUAGAUGUUGAAAAUGGAUUCUACUGUAAUUGUACAGAGCAGUGGAUGGGCACAUUUUGUGAAAAGCCAUACGAUGUGUGCGAGUUACAACCUUGCCAAAAUAAUGGAUCCUGUAUACCAGGUGCAAACAAGCAUGACUUUACUUGUCGUUGUCAGCCAGGAUUUGAGGGACCAAAGUGUGAAAUUAAUACUGACGACUGUAAAGGCAUCAAGUGUCCAGCAGGCCAGGUGUGUUAUGAUAUGAUUAAUGCCUACGAGUGUAGAUGUCCCUUGGGUUUUAUAGGGGACGACUGUAGUGUAGACAUCGAUCCCUGUGCCAAAGAUCCUUGUGUCAAUGGCACUUGCGUUAUUGAUAAAACGACAAACGAAUGGCAGUGUAAAUGCAAACCAGGUUUUACAGGCCCACUCUGCGACAUGGAUAUCGACGAAUGUAAUAUACCCAAUACAAAAAUAUGCAUAACAGGCUUAUGUGUGAAUACCGUAGGAAGUUUUAAAUGUUAUUGUGAACCGGGCUAUACGGGAUUAAGAUGUGAAAAGGAUAUAGACGAGUGCCUACCGCAGCCUUGCCAAAAUCAAGCAACCUGUUACAAUUUAGUUAACAAUUAUUCCUGUGUUUGUCAACCCGGAUAUGAAGGAAGAAAUUGCACAGAAGAAAUAGACGAAUGUGCUUCUAACCCAUGCAUGGAAGGAUCAACUUGCAUUGAUGGCAUCAACGAAUUUACCUGCGUUUGUCCACCUGGUUUAACUGGGAAAACGUGCAGCAUCAACAUAGAUGAUUGCGAAUCAUCACCUUGUCAAAACGGUGCCGAAUGUAUAGAUGGUUUAAACGAAUAUACUUGCAAUUGUACGGAUACAGGCUAUGAAGGAGUUCAUUGUGAAAUCAACAUUGACGAUUGCAAAGGAAAUCCAUGUUUGAAUGGGGCUGCUUGCGUGGACGAGAUUAAGGACUAUGAGUGUAUAUGCUAUGCGGGCUACGUUGGAAAAGAUUGCGAGGUCGAUAUCAACGAGUGUGAAAGCAAUCCUUGCAAAUAUGAUGGUUUAUGUCUAGAAAGAUCAAACAAAACCCUUUAUAAUCCUAGUAUUGUAUCUAAGUGGGAUAUUGAAUUACCUGAAGUUUUCCAAAGACCUUUUAAUUACUCAGAUGUUGAAGGAUACGAAUGCCUUUGUGUUAAAGGUGUAACAGGUCAGAACUGCGAAAUAAACAUUAACGAGUGUGAGUCUGAUCCUUGUAAUUUUGGAAAUUGUAUUGAUCAAAUUGGAAGCUACAUCUGCGAAUGUUUUGAAGGAUACGAAGGUGUUCAUUGUGACAAAGAUAUUGACGAUUGUGCAGAUAAUCCAUGUAUACAUGGUACCUGCAUAGAUAAAGUAGCAAAUUAUUCGUGUAUAUGUAAUCAGAAUUAUGGUGGAAAGAAUUGUUCAGUGGAACUAAUAGGUUGUGCCGAAAAACCAUGUCAAAACAAUGGGGUGUGUAUUCCAUAUUUGAGAGGUGAAAAUGACCAUAGAUUUAAUUGUUCUUGUCCCAGUGGAUUUUUUGGUUAUGCUUGUGAAAAUAGGACUACUAUUUCUUUUGGAGGUAAUUCAUUAGUGACAGUUAAUACCAGUAGAGAUGAAGGGUAUGAUGUCCAGUUUAGAUUCAAAACAACUUUAGGAGACGGACUCUUGGCUUUAGGCAAGGGUCCGACAUACUAUAUUCUAGAAUUAUCCAAAGGGAGAUUGAACUUACAAUCAAGUUUAUUAAAUAAAUGGGAAGGCGUUUUUAUUGGAUCUAAUCUCAACGACAGCAAUUGGCAAAAAGUUUUUGUAGCUAUUAAUUCAACCCAUUUGGUUUUGAGUGCCAAUGAAGAACAGACUAUUUAUCCCAUAACUUUUAAUGAAAACUAUGCAACUAAUAGUUUUCCUGUCACUUAUAUUGGCGGAAUUCCAUCAAAUCUCCGCAAGUUGACUCAUCAGCCAUUUUUCGUUGGUUGUGCGGAAGACAUACAAAUAAACUCCGAAUGGGUUAUACCACAACCUAGAAAUACAAGCCAUCUUAUUUUUCAAAAUACUGAAAUAGGUUGCCCCAGAAAACCUCAAUGCGAUCCUAAUCCAUGCCAUUCUGGAGGAUUUUGCACUGAUAAAUGGAGAGAUUUCAGCUGCACUUGUACCAGGCCAUAUCUGGGUAACAGAUGUCAAUAUAAUUACACAGCUGCUACCUUUGGUCAUGAGGAUAUAACAGACUCAUUAGUAACUGUCAAUGUAUUUGAGUCUCCUAAAAGAGAUAUACGCAUGGUAGUGGAUAUAUCUAUGUUUAUACGAACGAGACAAUCAAAGGGCCAAAUUUUCUAUUUAGGAUCUUCGUUAGGUCAAAAUAUAAAUGACGAAACUUAUAUAGCAGCUCAGCUUGAAGGAGGUGAAUUAUUAGUGAGAAUACAGUUCAAUGGUUCAUUGGAAGCCUAUACUGUAGGUGGAGUAAAAUUACACAAUGGAUACAAUCAUCUUAUUGAAGUUAUCAGGAACGUUACUUUGGUACAAGUUAAACUGAACGGUACCGAGUACUUUAGAAAAACCAUAUCAGCAACGGGAAUACUAGAUGCGCAAGUACUGUUCUUGGGCGGACAGCCUCAGUUGAGAACUGUCAGGCAAGCAGAAAAUAUAGGUACGACUAAAUCAGACCUAAUCGCGCCAACGGCAUCUGCUGCAAUCACAUCUACACUCAGCAAUGUCAAUUUUAAGGGAAUCAUUCAAGACGUUCAAGUCAGCAAUGGUACUAACGUGAUGGUAGUAGAAUUUUAUCCAAUAUCCGGUCCAGAUCUGGUCAUACCUCGACCUUUCGGGAACGUAUCGUUUGAUAAAACUUUAGUUCUCAGAGGUAUACAGACCGACGACUUAUGUAAAAUAAAUCCCUGUCACCACAACGGCAUUUGCGAGAAUACCUGGAACGAUUAUAGAUGUAUAUGUCCAAGAGGAUUUAAAGGAAAAGUGUGCAAUGAGUUGGAGUUUUGUGAGCUAGGACGAUGUCCUAACGAAGCGUCUUGUAGGAAUCUGGAAGACGGAUAUGAAUGUUUGGCUAAUGCAACUUUCAAUGGUAAACAAGAUCCCUUAUUGUAUAAACUCACGUCACUGCCAGACUCUAAUACCACACAAGAUUUAGAGAAAAUUCGGCUUAGUUAUAGGACAAGGUCAUGGGGAACAGCAUUGUUUAUUAAACACGAAGUAAAUUAUUUUACGGUGUUUAUUUACCACAACGAAGUUGUAAUUGAAUGGAAUUUGGGUACAGGAAUUGUUACAAAAAGGUUUAAAAAAGAUAAAUUUGACGGACAAUGGCUCACUGUUGUAAUAGAAUUCAAGGAACAAAGUUUUCAAGCUGGUUUUGAAGAGAACAUGUUAGCUGGUGAACCUAAUGUUCAGUUACAACCGUUUGACAUAGCGUUCUUAGCUGCACUUGUUAGGGUUGGAGAUAUUUAUGUCGCAGGAAGUGACAAUAAGACAUUUGAUUUCGGAUUAGCAAUACAAAAUACUGAACUUCACAAUGUAAUUUCCACAACUGAAACUACGACUGUUGACCCAUUGAUUAUAAGCAAUUCUAUAGAGAGUUCAGAGAAUUAUGUUGAUGAUCUGUUUCUCUCUAGAAUCGAUCAGUACAAAAAAUCUGACAGAUUUAAAGGAUGCUUGGGUCAAAUCAGAAUAGGAGAGUUGCUGUUACCGUUUUUCACAACCAAAGAAAUUUAUCCCAACGAGACUUAUUACGACGAGCUGUUUGAACUGGAUUCGAAUACCAAACCGGACAUAGGUUGUAUCCUAUGCUACGACAGCGACUGUAAUGAUCGUGGCCAGUGCAUCAACGGUACCAACACUUAUAAAUGUGAUUGCGUCAAAGGAUAUGACGCGGACGAUUGUUCAGUCGACAUAAACGAGUGCGAAAACAAUCAGUGCCAGAAUGGAGCCACUUGUAUAGAUCUUGUAGCCAAAUACGAGUGCGCGUGCGCCAAAGGUUACGAGGGUGAAUUUUGCCAAGUGGACAUCAACGAAUGCAACAGUGAUCCGUGCAAGCACGGAGGAACGUGUCAGGAUUUGAUUGGUCAUUUUAAGUGCGAUUGUCCGGAAGGCUUCGUGGGAAAGCAAUGCGAAGCACCCUUGCUGAUCACUUGCGAGAAUAAGCCUUGUAAAGAGGGCGCUACGUGCGAAACUGGUCCAAAUGUGCACACCGGUAAUAACUUUACCUGCUUCUGUACGGAAGGCAUGCAAGGAACUCUUUGUGACACUCCAUUCUGUAAAGUAAAACAAUGCGUAAAAGGAAUUUGUAAUACUACAAGUCAAGUACCGUAUUGUGCCUGUGAUCUUGGAUAUGAAGGGAAAUACUGCGAAACGAACAUAGACGACUGUGUUACUGCGAACGGUAAAAAACCGUGCGAAAAUGGUGGACAGUGCAUUGAUGGUAUCGCAAAUUAUGACUGUAAUUGUACCGGCAUAGGUUAUGAAGGAGACUCUUGCGAGCUAGACAUAGACGAAUGCGUAGUAAACAAUUUUGCUUGUGGCAAAGCAGGAACCUGUGAAAACCUACCUGGAACAUACAGGUGUACAUGUGGAAAUAGUGGAAAAUGCGGAUACCAUUGUGCCCUAGACGACCCAUGCGAACACGAAAAACCGUGUGUUCAUGGUAGUUGUAUCUCUCAGUGCACGGACAAACCUGACUAUUUGUGCGUUUGCGAAGACAAUUGGACAGGAAAGAACUGCAGCGAUCUAAAGGUUGCUUUAAGCCAAGCAGAUAGCGGAAUUAACAUACUGUAUAUCAUCGUUCCAAUUGUUCUUAUUCUGCUUACUGCAUUUUUGAUAGGAAUGGCGGUGGUGAACGUAGCCCGCAGUAAAAGAGCUACAAGAGGCACUUACAGUCCUUCUGCCCAAGAAUUUUGCAAUCCAAGGGUAGAAUUAGAUCAUGUUCUGAAACCGCCUCCUGAGGAACGAUUAAUUUGAUUAAAAUGAUACCCUUUUUGGAUUAAUCGAAAAAAUAAAAUAACUUGAUGGCCUAGUUCCUUAUUUUUUACCAGUACUGUACUUUAUAAUUUUUGCGAAUGACGGCAAAAAAAUGAUUAUAAAUAUUUUACUUUCUCCAAUGAAACCGUCUCUAAUAUUGCAUACCAUGAUAUUAUAACUUUUAACCUUUUUUUGUCAUAUUAAUUUAUUUUUCCUCACUUUUUACUUAAUUUAUUGUAUUUUUUUAUACAACGUAAAUUUUCUUUUUCCCAUACUAAUUUUCUGACUGAUAUUAUUUAAUAGGUUUUAGAAUAUUUUUGUCUAUAGUAUUUUAAGUAGGGUAAAUGUACUUAAUUAUAUUAACUUAUAGUCUUAUGAUAUUCCCGUCCACGUAAUGAGAUAUUUUAAAUAUAAUGUUAAUGUAAAUUUUAUGAUGUGUGAUCAGUAGUUCAAAUGUCCUCUUUUGAACGUUGAACAUUAUUCUAUUGUGAUAAGAAAAUAAUGUAGAUUAUUGAAACAAUUUCUAAUGGCCUUUUUAACUAAAUAACGAUGAGGUUCUUCCAAUGUAAAGAAGAAUGUUAUGUAAUAAGGAAAGUACUUAACUUUUAGGACCAAAGGAAAAAUGUAAAUAGAGAUAAUUUAUACAUUUGCAAUUUUUACCAAUGUUUUAACUUGUGGUUUGUCAGAGAAAUAAAGAAAAUUACUUUUU